CGCGUAGCCCCCCUCCCACCCGGGGCCGGCAGAGGGGGUAAAGCCCCCACCCCGGGUAGCAGCACGCAAAGAAAGCGUGCGGCAGAAACUUUCUAUCCCUUCUUCCCUCCCGAGCUGGACUCCGGAGGGUUACGAGGGAGAAGGAGGGAAGAAAGGAAGGGAGGGAGGGAAGAGAGGGGGUUAGACCGCUCUGCAACAUUAUUGGCUGCGUGGCCGGGCUGGUGCUCGCCGGGAGAGCAUGCCCAUUGGGGGGGGUAUAAAAGGUAUAAAAGCCGGAGCGCCUGCUUGUCUCCUCGCUCGUGGGGCAGCAGCCGGGAGCAGCGGGCAGUGAGGCAGCGGCCCCUUCGCCCCGACCAAGCACUCAGUAAACACAAAAGUGAGAGCCACCCAAGGGGCAGCCAAAGCAGGAGAGAAGGAGAAGGGAAGAAAAAAAAAAACAAACAAAAAGGGCGAAAAACAACCCAGAGGAAAAAAAAAAAGGAAAAGGAGAGGAAAGGAAAGCGCUCGCUCGCUUUUUCUCUAGAAUAACAAAAUACCUGAUCGUAACAAAAUAACAUCCUUCAGACAAAAUCCAGCAGGGACUUGACAUACCAAAAGGCAAGGCGAGGAGAACGUGCCAGGGCGCGGGAAAGGCAAGCCAAAGCCGCGAUCGCUGCCAGGGCAGGAGAGCAGCAUGUCAAGCGCCGGGGCACACACGGAUGAGCGCUGCCGGCAGCCCGCCUUCCUCCCCGGCCCGCCGCCGCCGCAAGAAGUUGAGAGUAGCAGCGGCAGUGCCAAGGUGCAGAGGAUGUGCGCGGCGAGGCGGAUGCUGCUGCUGCUCCUGGCUUUCCUGGCCUACGCGCUGGACUCGGCCGCCGCCUACGGCACAGCGGAGACCCUCUGCGGCGGGGAGCUGGUGGACACGCUGCAGUUCGUCUGCGGGGACAGGGGCUUCUACUUCAGUAGACCGGUGGGACGAAAUAACCGGCGGAUCAACCGGGGGAUCGUGGAGGAGUGCUGCUUCCGGAGCUGCGACCUGGCUCUGCUGGAAACGUACUGCGCCAAAUCCGUCAAGUCGGAACGUGACGUCUCUGCCACCUCCCUGGUGGGCGUGCCAGCACUCAACAAGGAGAACUUCCAGAAGCCCUCGCACGGCAAGUACUCCAAGUACGACGUGUGGCAGAAGAAGAGCUCCCAGCGGCGGCAGCGGGACGCGCCCAACAUCCUGCGGGCUCGCCAGUACCGGUGGCAGGCGGAGGGGCUGCAAGCAGCCGAGGAAGCCAAGGCGCUGCACCGUCCCCUCAUCUCCCUGCCCAGCCAGAGGCCCCCAGCGGCGCGAGCCUCCCCAGAAACGGCUGGCCCCCAGAAAUGAACCCUGACCAGCUGUCUCGAUUUUUGAUCUCCUGGGGGAGGGCGGGAGGACUGGCGAUUCCCGACCCCCAAGCCCCUCCGUCCCCGGGGCCGCUGAGCCGAGGAGCGGGGCGGCGGGGCACCCUCACGCCGCUCCGGCCCCAACCAAACAACUGACACAGCAAGGAGGGGAUGGCGGCGGCGGUGGCGAGUAGCACCGCUCCCAUGGCAUCUUCCUUUUGGGGUGGGGGGGAGGGUUGUUUCGUUUCCCACACCUGUUUUGUUCCCCCACACCCCCAGUAUUUCCAAACCUGUACUUGCAAAGGGACAGUUUGGCACUUGAACUUUUUGCUGCCGGGUGCUGCGUGACAUCCCCAGUGCCAACGCCAGAAGACAAAAGAAAGAGCAAGAGGAAAAAAAGGAUAUGAAGUUAAAUUCUUUUUUUAAUCUUUUUUUUCUCGAGAAGCGUCCAUUCCGUGUCUUUCUUGACAAUAAAGUGAAAAAAAAAAACAAACAACAGAACGGGGAGAAACAUUGAGGGAUAAAAUUUUUUUGCCUCAUUCCCACCCCACUUUUUUUCUUCUUCUUUUUUUUUUUUUUUUUCUUAUGGUUUUUCUUAUUUUUAUAACUUUCUUUUGCACCUUUAAAAGAAAAACGUACCUGAGAAGAAGUUCGGAGGAGCCCCCAUCUGCGUUUUUGUGUGUGUGCUUCAUUACAAGAUUCCAAAUCGACUUGCACCUUUUUUGAAAUCACCGAUGACGGGAGAAAGAGAGGAAGAGGAGAGAGAAAGCAAGAAAGAGAGAAGGAAAAGGAAAGGGGAAAGAAGAAAAAAAGAAAAAAAAGUGAGCUGAUGCUCACUUUAAAUGGAGGAGGCGUCUGCAUUGCACAUUUGCCACGGAUUUAGUUGAUUUAUAUAUAUAAUAUAUUAUAUAACUUUUUUGGCAAAAAAGCACUAUUUUUAUGGGACAUUUUGUGUAGUAUCUGAAGAGGGAUUGUAAUGUUUAAAAUGUGUUAUGGUGCUAAAGUAAGUUGGAAGGGAAAAAACCCAGGAAUAGCAAGGGAGGGUGGGGAGGGAAGGACAAGAUAGCGAAUACUGAACUUGAAAUUUUAGCUUUUCGUUUUAGGAAAAGUGUGAUAAAUGUGUUUCUUUUCUCUUCUGAAAUAUAGCUUGGUCAUGACCAUAUGAGCUAGUUGGCUGUUACUCAUGUACACAGAUGCACGCACACACAGAAUACAUCGACACGCAUCCUUUUUUUUGUUAAAAACAAAAACAACACAACCACCGCAACUUAGACUAAAAGGGAACUGUUCUGGAGACAAACUAUUUUGAAUGGUGAAGGUGUUGCCAGUUAGAACUCAACGCCCUGCUUUUGCACGGACCCCCUGGUUUUGGAGACUCCCUGGACUCCCUGCAGCUUGGUUUCCCGAGCCAUGGGGAAUCUUGCUCUUCCCUGUCCUUGCUCGGGUGCCGAUGGUCCGGCCAGCAGGCGGGCAGGCAGCCCUCACCCCAAGCCCCUGCAGAGGCAGCAGUUCCAUGCCCUGCCAUCUCCUUUUCCUUCUCUUGCCCUUUGCGUCCUUCUCGCCGGACCUCGCGUCCCUGCCCCGCGCCCCCUGCCCCCCGCCCCUCGCUGCCCUCCCGGGGGCCCGCCGGAGGAGGGGCUGCACCUGCCCCGGGCUGGGGCUGCUGCACGGGAUGGGGGGAAAGGCGAGCCUCUGGCUCGAGGCUCGGGACUCGGUGAGCAGAUGGGUAUGAGAGGUGGGCAGAGGGCUGUAAAAUAGGUUGGGUUUAAAAUAAUAUAUAUUAUCUGUCUAGGAACCGUAAAAGGGGGGGAAUCAAUUACAUCUCCCUAAUAUACUCUCACUUGCUAAUAAAAUGGGGACACUCUGUUAACCAGUUCUGUACUUGCUUUGUCUUAUAUAUCCAUACAUUUAAAACAUAAAAAAAAAAA